AUGCCGAUCCCGUGUUCAUCUCUCGGAUGUGAAGCUAAUGCUCUGAUAAAAAGAGCCAAAGAUGGAAUGGCAGUUUGCCAUAAUUGCUUCAUAGCCCGAUUUGAAGAAGAUGUCCAUCAAACUAUAAUAUCUACGAAACUCUUCCAACCUGGGGAGAGAGUUGCUAUAGGGGCUUCCGGAGGAAAAGAUUCAACUGUUCUAGCUUAUGUAAUGAAGACUUUAAACGAUAGAUACAAUUAUGGGUUGGAUCUCAUUCUUCUUUCCAUCGAUGAAGGUAUCAAAGGAUAUAGGGAUGAUUCACUGCAGGCUGUUGAGCGAAAUAGAAUAGAAUACGGUAUUCCUUUAACUAUUUUGAGCUACAAGGAAUUAUACGGAUGGACCAUGGACGACAUUGUCGCUAAAAUCGGUAAAAAAAACAACUGCACAUUCUGUGGGGUGUUUAGACGCCAAGCUUUGGAUAGAGGUGCUUAUAAAGUUGGAGCGAGAAAAAUUGUGACAGGCCACAAUGCUGAUGAUAUGGCAGAAACUGUUCUUAUGAAUGUACUCCGAGGAGAUAUUGCUCGAUUAGAGAGAUGUACCAAUAUCUGUACUGGGGAAGAUUCUCCCCUCCCUAGAGCUAAACCACUUAAGUAUUGCUAUGAGAAAGAUAUUGUCAUGUACGCCCGAGCAUUGAAAUUGGAUUAUUUCUACACUGAGUGUAUCUAUGCACCAAACGCCUAUCGAGGUUAUGCAAGAGAAUUUGUUAAAAAUAUGGAACGGGUUCGUCCAAAAGCUAUUUUGGAUCUGAUCCAAUCGGGUGAAGCUUUACAGAUCAAGAAGGAAGUAGCAAUGCCUACACUGAUGAACUGCACAAGAUGUAAUUAUAUCACAAGUCAGAAGCUUUGCAAGGCUUGCCUUCUACUCGAAGGGUUAAAUACAGGAAACACAGGCUUAGGUGUUAGAAAGAGUAAAAAGGAGCAAAGAGUAGCGACAGAAUCCACAAACAAAACAGGAUGCGAAGGAAGCUGUGCCUGUGCUACGACAUCGCAAGUUGUUGAUUUUUAA